ACUGUGCAUGCAGGUGUCAUGAGCUCAGCGGCCGAGGUCACGCACCGCACUGCGUUCUCACGGCAGCCGUGCCGCUGCAUCAUCGUAGACUGCACGCCGCCCUUCGGCACCGACUCUUGCGAGCUGCUGUGCCACUCGCUGGACGGCCUCUUUUCUGUUGCGUGCCACCUUGGUGGGCCCUGCCGCAUCCCCCUGUUCAGCCUCUACAUCGUGCACGGGACGUUUGAGUGCCUGCUUCCCUUCGUGGUGAGUGACCUUGUGAUUCAGGUGAAGGGCGGCCACGCACGCAUGCAAGAGUGCCUGCGUGAGUUGCGAUCACUGGCGAGGGUGGCGCCUGUGGAUCACCGUGUGGACGGUCUCCAAGGUGCCCUGCAAGACGCUCUGGCUAACUUCCGACACCAGCUGCUUCAGCUGCGACAGAGCGGCGGCCUGAAGAGGUGUAUGCUUGAGUUCCAUCUCUUCUGCUAUUCAAAUGUAAUGUACCUCACAGACGGUUCUCUGUCAAGCUUAAUUGACGUACAAACUCUGGAGGGAAGCACUGUGGUCCUGGAGGGCUUCUUCAGGAGCUGGCUACAUGACUGCGAGACCGACUGGGAGCAUCUGCAUCUCAUCCUCCCAUCUGCUCUCAGCGGCGGUGGCAUCAUGGGCCAGAAACGCAGUAUGUGCACUUGUUGCGCCACUGCUCUCCACACCCACACUCUCACAUACACACUUGCACGCACGCACACAGUCACACUGAAGUGCGAUAUUCAGGAGACCAUUCUGAACCCACCUCUACUGCCGGGUACCACCAACUUCACGCUGAACAUCGAGGGCUCAGCUUUGAAACGCAUCCCUCCCAUGACUGGAAAAUCUUCUAGUGCAGCCUUGGUGCCCAUUCACCACCUCAAGGCUGUCAGGUACCAUACAAUGACAUACAAUAUAUCUUACAGGGAAGUGGCAGGAUUUGAGCCAUCAAACCCAUGCUGCCUGGCUCAGUGGUUGCGGUUGUGCAAACUGGCUAUACUUGCUGAGGUUUGCAGCACGGUGAGUGAAGAAGGAGUGUGCGAAUCAGUCCUGUACGGGCUGCCCCUGAUACUCAAGCCCACCAGCUGCUGGAAGCUUGACUGGGAGGAGCUGGAGACAAACAGGCAGUACUUCCACGCCCUCUCUCACUCGCUGAAGGUGCGGGGUCAGCAGCUUCUUGCAUCAUGUGACAGUGAAAGUUCGGGCCCCCUGCGCAUGGGCCCAGUGCGGGCCUACUACCUCCUGCUGCCCUCAGGGGGCUUGAGCCUGCUGAUAAAGUCCAUUGCGGUGGCCGAGCUGCUGCUACCGUGUGACCAGCCCCUUCUGCCUGAGACUCCGGAACUAGGAGCCCUGUUGGACAUAGAGACCGCCCUAUCUGGCCUGGAGGUGCUGCACACAUACAACCCCCUGCACGUGCACAGUGGCCUGAGCCGCCACCACGUGCGGCCAUUGACCCACGGCAGCAGUGGCAGCAGGGCCCCAUCCGGCACACGGGCAAAGGCCACGGGCCGCAAGCCAAUGACACUCACGGCCACCGUGUCGCCCCUGCAGAAGCCCCUUCCAAGGCUGCAGUUCUCCACAUCCUCCACAUCAGCAGCGGCCAGGUCGGCACCACCACCAUCGAAGCGAUUGCGACCGACACUGGCGGAUUCCACGUUGCGUGGUGGUGGUGGUGGCGGUGGUUAUGGUGGUAGUGGAGAUACAUGGCAUUAUAACAUCGAGGAGGAAGAUGUUUUUCUGUAAAGCUUGGUCCACAGGUAGAGAAUCUUAUAGAGUGGUGUUGAUUAUGGCUUGAAGCAAAUUCACAAUGAUCAUCUACCAAAGCAUCUUAAAGUCAAUCUACAUGCAAAAUACUUUUUUCAGUGGUAACAGAAAGUCAGCACGAUUGGAGACAAUUUAAAGCGAAAAACUUACUGCGUUUGCCACCUUCAGCUUCAGGGAAAACUGGUUAGCAAUAGAGCUAUGUGACAUCACGUGCUGUGGAAGCUCUUCCUGCGAUAUCACAUCCUAUGCGAGAAGCGCAUACCCCGUGGUUAGGCAUUGAGCUAAACAUGGUACCAUAGGUGUCUGGACAAUCAACAAAACCAUGAUUUUAUCGUAUUGUCAUCACCUGAAAUAUUAAUACUUGAUGCAACACAUGAUAGAGCAACAACACAACGUGAUAUUCAUAUUCUUGGUUCGUUCGGUAAAGUCACGUAGAAGGGAAUCAAUAAAAUAAUAAUAA